UCAGAGAGACGGAGAACCCAGACCUGCAGGUUCCCUCAGAGAGACGGAGAACCCAGACCUGCAGGUUCCCUCAGAGAGACGGAGAACCCAGACCUGAGAUGGAGGUUCUGAGGAGCUGGAGGGCCGACUGGAGGUUCCCCACCGCUCUGCUCUGCAUCUACGGGUUCCUCAGCACAGUGAAGCCCAUGGAACCGUUCCUCAUCAUGUACAUGACGGGACCCGACAAGAACCUCACCAUAGAACAGGUGAACAACACCAUCUUCCCCGUGUGGACCUACUCCUACCUGGCGGUGCUGGUGCCGGUGUUCCUGCUCACCGAUUGGCUGCGCUACAAGCCGGUGGUGAUGCUCCAGGCCGCGUCGCUCCUCGUCACCACGGCGAUGCUCCUGUGGCUGCGCAGCGUGGCGGCCAUGCAGGCCAUGCAGGCGUUCUACGGCGUGGCGACGGCCAGCGAGGUGGCCUACUACUCCUACAUCUACAGCGUGGUGCCGCUGCAGCACUACCGUGGGGCCACCUCCUGUGUGCGCGGCGCCGCGCUGCUGGGCCUCACCGUGGGCUCCGCGCUCGGCCAGCUGCUGGUCAGCUUCCGGCUGCUGAGCCUCGAUGACAUCAUGCUGCUGCCGCUGGGCUGCACCGCCGCCGCGCUGCUGGCGGCCGGCCUGCUGCCCGCGCCGCGGAGCAGCCUGUUCUUCCACCGCCGGCAGGGGGGCCCAGGGAGGACCACCAGGGACCAGCAGGUGGGGGAACCAGAGAGGACCACCAGAGACCAGCAGGUGGGGGAACCAGAGAGGACCACCAGAGACCAGCAGGUGGGGGAACCAGAGAGGACCACCAGAGACCAGCAGGUGGGGGAACCAGAGAGGACCACCAGAGACCAGCAGGUGGGGGAACCAGAGAGGACCACCAGGGACCAGCAGGUGGGGGAACCAGAGAGGACCACCAGAGACCAGCAGGUGGGGGAACCAGAGAGGACCACCAGAGACCAGCAGGUGGGGGAACCAGAGAGGACCACCAGGGACCAGCAGGUGGGGGAACCAGAGAGGACCACCAGGGACCAGCAGGUGGGGGAACCAGAGAGGACCACCAGAGACCAGCAGGUGGGGGAACCAGAGAGGACCACCAGAGACCAGCAGGUGGGGGAACCAGAGAGGACCACCAGAGACCAGCAGGUGGGGGAACCAGAGAGGACCACCAGGGACCAGCAGGUGGGGGAACCAGAGAAGACCACCAGGGACCAGCAGGUGGGGGAGAGCCAGGAUGGAGGCGGGUCCAGGCCCCAGGUCCUCCUCCGGCUGUGGAGGGACGUCUGCCGCUGCUACUCGUCCCGGCGGCUGCUCUCCUGGUCCGUCUGGUGGGCCGCGGCGUCCUGCGGCUACAACCAGACGGCCAACUACGUCCAGGUGCUGUGGGAGCAUGUGCAGCCGGCUCAGAACGCCAGCGUGUACCACGGCGGCGUGGAGGCCGUGUCCAACCUGCUGGGGGCUGCAGCCGCCUACGGGAUCGGCUUCUCGGCGGUGCGCUGGGAGCGGUGGGGCGAGCUGGCCGUGGGCGGCUGCUCCGGCCUGCAGGCGGCGGCUCUGUUCCUCAUGACCUUCAGCGGCAGCAUCUGGCUCUGCUACGCCGGCUACGUGGCGUUCAAGUGCCUCCACCUGCUGCUCAUCACCAUCGCCACCUUCCAGGUGGCAGCGGACCUCUCCAUGGAGAGGUACGCUCUGGUGUUCGGCGUCAACACCUUCGGAGCUUUGGUUCUGCAGACCAUCAUCACGUCUGUGGUCGUGGACAGAGGAGGACUGGGCCUCGGCAUCAUCGCUCAGUUCACCAUCAACGCCGGCUUCUUCUCUGUCAUCGCCGUGGUUUAUUCUCUACUGGGGAUGCUGAUGCUCUGGAGACGGCAGCGCAGCAACGAGGCCCCCGAGUCCAUUUCCCCGGUCAGAACCUCCAGGUUCUGAGGUCCAGAACAGGAGGACCCGUCUUCUGGUCCCCACUGUGUCCACAUGACACGUGUGUGUGUAUAUAUAUAUAUACACACAUAUAUUAAUAUAUAUACACACAUAUAUAGCGGAUCGUCAGGUCUGCAGAAAGAACCAUUGGUUCCAGCCUCCCCUCCAUUCUGGACUUGUACACCGCCAGUCAGGAAGCGGGCAGGAAAGAUCACUGCAGACCCUUCACACCCUGGACACAAGCUGUUCCAACUCCUGCCCUCUGGUAGGCGCUACAGAGCACUGUACGCCAAAACCACCAGACACAGAAAUAGCUUCUUUCCACUGGCCGUCACCAUGAUGAACAAUUAAUCAGACUCUUCCAUCUACACUAUCUGCACUUUUUGACUACUGUCUUUAAUGUCUUUUUUAUAUUUAUCCCGCUUAUUGUAUAUUGUGUGUGUGUAUAAGUACGGAAGAGCAAAGUGAAACCGGAGUCAAAUUCCAUGUAUGUGCAAACCUACAUGGCCAUUAAAGCUGAUUCUAUUCUAUAUAUAUUAAUAUAUAUAUAUACACACACAUAUAUAUAUAUGUGUGUGUAUAUA